AGUUUUCUGUUAGUUUCUCGAUUUUCUAGUGUGUUGCGGUGCACGCUUUUCAUUAGUUCAACUAUGUAGCGCCUCUAGCCCGGGUGUGAACGCGCCGUGACCGACGGCACGCAAACCUGCAGCAAUGUUGCUGAACAGUUUGAGAAUCGGUGGCAGGUUGUGUUGGAAACUGGCCCGCGGUGCGUCGGCGGCGGCUCCGUCAAGGGUAACAGGGACAUCUCCAACGGGUCGCUCUUCCUCGUCCAAGGCACGGCUUGCCUCCAAAAAACGCGAAACGAAGUCGCUACAUAAGCAGCCCUAUUCGUUAUUGCUGUCCCUCGACGAUCGAGACGACGAUGACUUCAACCUGAUCGAGGAGCCCGAGGGCAGCCCAAGCGAGCAGUCGCGCGCCCGCAUCCAGCUUUUGACAGAAUCGCUCGGAUGCUCUCUUGCGAGUGCCACGAGCAUCGUUAUGAGCAACCGAAAGAUCCUCAGUAUACGACGCGAGACCUUGCUGAAGAACAUUGGCAUGCUCAAGUCGCUGUUUCCGGUGCGUGAAAUCAUGCGCCACCCGGAGAUCUUCAGCUUCCAGUUCGGCGCGGCUGAGCAGCGCUACCGGAACCUUGAGGAGUGCGGCAUCACAAAGGUUACGCCCGCCAGAGUCAUCAGAUACGUGGAGCUGAUGACUAAGCCCGCCUACUCCCUGAAGCUGCAAGGUGAGGUGGCGGUUGGGACUGACCCUGCAGCUCACAUGCUUUCCUAUCUGGACUGUCCCGCCAGGGUGCGUGCUGACAUUCUGUCAGAGCUGCCACUCCACUAUCCGUUCACCCUGAGCAUAGCAGAGGUGAAGCAGGCUGUGCUGCGUGCGUACCUGGCCUGGCGGCUUGGAUGCUCCCGUGAACAAAUAGCCUUGCUGGUGCGAAAGUAUCCAUCCGUGGAAAAUCGGAGCCUGCAGUUUCUCCGGCACACCAUAGAGCUGCUGACCAACCACUUCCACAUGCCCACUGACAAGAUACUGCGCAACGGCUUUGUGCUUCUGGCGCAUCCGGGCAACCUGGAGAGCCAGCUGUCGCAGGUCCGUCACCUGGCGGGGCUGGAGAUGCGCGAGCUAGCGGUGCUCUGCCCCCGCCUGCUGACUGUGCCGGCAGAGAACCUGAUCCGUGUCGAGCGGCUGCUACAGGCGCACGGCAUCACACCGGCUCAAGUGCAACGCUGCAUCAGGAUAUACAGUCUCAGCCCGGAGACCAUAGAAAAGCGCCUAAAGGAGAUCACCAAGGUGGCCGAGUUCGAGGUGCGUCGCGAGUGUCCCCGCCUGCUGAACCUGGUAUACUAUGCGUCCAAGGCGCGACAUCGGCUCGAGCUGCUCUCGCAGUUGGGGCACCCCGCCAGCGGGGUAUCCAUCAAUGUGCUCAGCAUGGCCGCCUCUGACUUUGCUCGAGUAUUCUACAGUGGUAGCGACCGCGGCCGACCCCGCGAGACUGCCGAAUACCUUGCGCACCUGCUUAGGAAGCCGGAGGCUGAGGUGCGCCAGCGGCUGGCCAGCCAUCCAUCAGCCAAGCGGAUUUCCCUGCUGAACACCCGCCGUGUUGUUGACUGGCUGUUGCCACGAGGAGUCACCCAUGAGCAACUUUGGUACGGACUUCAGGUGGUACUGUACGACUCAGAGCUGGUGGCAUCCCAUUUCUUGCGCCUCCCAGAGCAAGACGAGCUGCAGCCAUACUCGGAGUGGCGCGACUGUCCCGAGCUCCUUGAGGUGUUGCUGUACUACAUAGAGCGCGAGGCACGUUUCACGGGGCACACCCAGCUGGGCUUGUUCAGCAAGGUGGAGGCCUCGGACAGCACCAGCCAGGAGAAGGCCAACCAGGCAGCUUCGCUGCAGAAUCCUUACUUCCACCCAGCCACUCUUCCAACUGUGCAAAAGGAAGAGGAGCAGACGGAGGAGGAUGGCUCGUCAUCGUCGUGACCCACCCGAGCCGGCAGAGUGUAACGCUAGUACUGCUGAGUGCUCAGUGUCUCAGAAAUAUUCAGCGGCCUGUUGAUACUGGUUGUAGCACUGUUGACUUGUGGUGCUGACUUGUAGCACUGCCGUACGAGACGAAGAGGAAAGAAGCAAAUUGGAGAAGUCCUGUUCUGGCUCACCACUUCCUACACGCAACAUAUGCAGCGCUACCAGCAUGCAGGGCCCCGAGCACCUUGUGUAUUGUGGUUGUAUUGAUAAGGCGGUUUUGGUGAGGCUCUGGUGCUGUUACAAAGGAAAAAGCUCAGGCAGACUCAUCGUGUCGGCCGACUAUACUAAUACAACGAUGCAGCAUCCAAGGUGCCUCGGAGAUUGACGCAACCUAGUCAUUGACACUGUUACACAGAAAAGGCAUGUGCAGACUUGUCCUUACACAGCCGUGAUGGUGGAAUAUGACGUUAUCAGUUAGUGCUCCAAGUGCCUUAGCAGUGUGAUUCAGCUCUGCUGGUGACACAGUGGUGCUGUAAGUACGCAGGCUUUGCUCCAUUCAGGGCUCGGAAGUGGUGUGGGAACGCCAGUGUAUUUAUGGCACUGAAAGACACUUAUACUGGACCUUGUGCAGCAUGAGUACAAAUGUGAAGUCACCAAUGUGAAGUGGCCCCUGCAAGCAAGGCUGCACCAUACAUCCUGCUCAUAAUCCGCUGUGCAGUACUCUAAAAAAAGGUAACUGAAAACAGGACCUACGUUAACAGCUGCGGGCAGGACAGUGCAGAUGUGUUUGUGAUAGAGGCACCCUUUUUAAAUAAUGGAAAUACAUAGUUGCUUGCUGUGAAGACAACAUUUUAAUGUGCAAUGUGUGAUAAUUUAAUAGCGGUUCUGGCAUGUAUUCAUAAGAAAAGCCUAUGAACUUUUGUAACACUGGCAGGGAAAGCCACCUUGCAGUUCUUGAAAUGACAACGCCUGGAAUUGAAGUCACUAUUUGUUACCAGAAUGUGAAAAACUCUUCUGGAGAAGUAAAGUGCUGCUCGAUAGCAGUGAGGACUCGC